CGCUGCGUUUUAUGCAGCAAACCGGAAAACGUCGUCUUUUCCCUCCUGGCUUGGGUCUCAUUUUUCUCUCAACGAAUCAAUGGCAGUUUUGUUAUCUGCAACAGCCACCAAACUGAGCUUGAAAUUUUCCAACAAUGCCGGCAAACGAGAAAAUCCAGCACCAAUUUCCUCUUCUUUCACAGGAUUUAGUUUUUGCAAAAACAAGCAUAAUAAGAAGGCAUUAGUUGUUAGUUGUGCUGUAAAAAUCCAAGCAAGUGAGAAAGUUCAUGGAAAAAUUAGACCAAGGAAAGGUGGUGGGACUGCUGGAAGUCGAGUUUUGAGUGAGGGAAGAGAUGAGGAUGAGAGCUAUGCACCCAUUUGUCCUGGUUGUGGGGUCUUUAUGCAAGAUAAGGACCCAAAUCUUCCUGGGUUUUUUCAACAAAGGGAGGUAGUGAAAUCAGAAUUGUCAGAUGGUGUGGAGGAGCUUGAGGGUGAGCUUGAGGUGUUUGCUGAAAUUGAAGAAGAAGAAGAAGCAGAUGAUGAUGCAGAAGAAGAGUUUUUGGAUGAAAUUGAGGAUGAAUUUGAGGGAAGUGAUGUGGAAGAAGGUGAAUUGGGUAGUGGGGAUGAGCUUGAUUGGGAUUCUGAUGAAUGGGAAGCUAAGUUAUUAGGGGAGGAAGUGAAUUCGUUGAACUUGGAUGGAUUUACUCCACCAGGGGUUGGUUAUGGUAACAUUACUGAGGAUUUUUUGAAGAAGGUGAAGAAGGAGAAGAUAUCGAAAGCAGAGAAGAAGAGGAAGGCUAGGGAAGCUGUUAAAGAGAAAGAGGAGGUUACAGUGUGUGCUAGGUGUCAUUCUUUGAGAAAUUAUGGGCAGGUAAAGAACCAAGCAGUUGAAAACUUGAUACCUGAUUUUGAUUUUGAUAGGUUAAUUUCUACCCGGCUGGUGAAACCAUCUGGGAAUUCCAAUUCUACAGUUGUAGUUAUGGUUGUUGAUUGUGUAGAUUUUGACGGUUCAUUCCCAAAACGAGCUGCAAAAUCAUUGUUUAAAGCUUUAGAGGGGAACAAAGAUGAUCCAAAGCUUAAAAAAAGGUUACCAAAGCUUGUUCUUGUUGCUACAAAGGUUGAUCUUCUGCCAUCACAAAUUUCGCCUACUAGGUUAGAUAGAUGGGUUAGGCAUCGUGCUCGGGCUGCAGGGGCACCUAAACUAAGUGGGGUUUAUCUGGUUAGCUCUCGCAAGGAUUUGGGAGUGAGGAAUUUGCUUUCCUUCAUUAAAGAGUUGGCUGGCCCUCGAGGGAAUGUGUGGGUUAUAGGUGCUCAGAAUGCAGGCAAGUCUACUUUAAUAAAUGCACUUGCAAAGAAAGAAAGUGCAAAAGUUACAAAACUAACAGAAGCUCCUGUUCCUGGGACAACUCUUGGGAUCUUGAGAAUAGGAGGAAUUUUGCCUGCCAAGGCAAAGUUGUUUGAUACUCCGGGACUUCUACAUCCGUAUUUGGUAUCCAUGAGAUUGAACAGGGAGGAGCAGAAAAUGGUUGAGAUACGGAAGGAGCUAAAAGCUCGAACUUACAGGAUGAAGGCAAGACAGACCAUACAUGUUGGUGGCUUAAUGAGACUGGACCUUGUUGAAGCCUCUGUACAAACAAUUUAUGUAACCAUUUGGGCAUCACCAAACGUUUCUUUGCACAUGGGAAAGAUAGAAAAUGCCGAAGAAACUUGGAAGAAACACGUUGGCAUAAGGCUACAGCCUCCUAUUGGCAUUGAGCGUGCAUCUGAGAUAGGGAGCUGGGAAGGCAGAGACCUUAAAGUGUCUGGAACAAGCUGGGACACAAACAGCCUCGACGUUUCGCUGGCUGGCCUAGGCUGGUUCUCUUUGGGUCUCAAAGGUGAAGCAACCUUGAAACUAUGGACAUUCGAUGGCAUCGAAAUAACUCGAAGAGAACCUUUGGUUCUUGACCGAGCACCAUUCCUGGAAAGACCUGGUUUUUGGCUCCCCAAGGCUAUUUCCGAGGCGUUGGGCAAUCAAUCUAAGCUUGAAGCUCAACAGAAAAAGCUUCAAGAGGAAAUAUGCGCUUGAAACCAUCACCAUGUACGUAUGCAAUGCACGAACAAAUUCACCUUUACCGUAGAUAAAUUUAGUAGAAGGCUUUCAUCUUACACAGUCAUUUUGUUUUCUAUACAAACACUCCCACGAUCAACUUAAUACAAAUUCUUUUUCUUUUA